CCCAUGAUACCAGUCAUAGCGGCUGCCCCGAAGCGUCCAGUCCACGACGUAACCUCCAGACGUGUAGCUAUCAAUACGCUCUUGAGUAGCAGCUGCAACAAUUUACCUGACAUGGACGACGUUAAAGAAAUUGAGUACCAGUUCACGACCAAGGAUGGGCAGAAUCUCUCCAUAUACUUUUAUCAAAAGAAAACGAGUCAAAUAUUUGGCGGCCUUACAUCAGCAAUCCAUUAUUGUCAUGGAGGAGGCAUGAUUCUUGGAGGUGUUCAAAUCUACCGGGGAGCAUUGAUAAAAUACACGUCCAAUACAGGUGUGCCCUUUUUUGCUGCAGAGUACCGUGUCGCCCCACAACAUCCGCAUCCGACCCCAGUUGAAGACUGCUAUGCAGGCCUCCUUUGGUUGCAAGAACACCAUAAGGAUUUCAAUAUCGUUCUAUCCCGUGUUGGAGUCAUGGGAGACAGUGCUGGGGGAGGUCUAGCCGCUGGUGUGGCUUUGAUGGCUCGAGAUCGCGGAUUGUCCCCUCCGCUAGCCAAACAAAUUUUGAUCUACCCUAUGUUGGAUGACCGCACCACUAUUCCGGACAAGACCAUUGAGCAACUGGUCUCAUGGUCAUACGAUGAUAACAUCACUGGAUGGACCGCCUUAUUAGGCCACAAG